CUUUAACCAGGAAGUGUAUAUUAGCGGAUUCACCCAUGCUUGUGAUCAAAGUUGUUAUACACGUAGCUAUGCUAUUGCAAAAUUGAGUUAGAGAAAUGUCUUCAAAGAAAAACAAAAGCAAAGUUAGGAGAGUCAUUGAAGGUGACAACUCAAGCGGACUGAGAGAUGGCUCCAGUGACUCAACUAGCUUGCAAAGCUCGGGGCACGAGGGGGGAGGCAGCAAGAAUCCCAACUCGUUCACUGUCAUUGAAUUCAUUGAGAAAGCGGAUGAUAAGCUUUCCAAAAGAUGCAGAGCAUUCCUUGUCCAGCUGAGCAUAAAUGCAAUGAAGUCUGGUAACAUUUGCAUUGGAAGACCAGUCCUAUUGUCGAGCAAUACUGGGCAACAAGAGGUGUGUCUGGCCUGGCCGGCAGCGUCUUUCCCUGGCGGUAAAGUUGGCCUAUUGAAAAGUACUCAGAACAGCCUGAAAGUGAAGCCUGGGGAUGGAGUUACUGUUCAUCCCCUGACAGGACCUGUGCUACAGGCAGAAGAGUUGCUUCUCUCCACCAGACUAAAGGAUGAUGCGCUCAAUUCGGAGGAAUUCAGUAACUUCUUCCUCCGAUCUUUGGAUGGAAAGAUCCCACUCCCUGGAAACUCCCUAUCCCUGACGUACUUUGGGCGAGCGUGCAGUCUGCGGGUGGAGCGGGUGAAAGGGGUGGACGGCCUCUUCCUAGAGAGACCCCCGCCUUCCCCGGGACUGGAGCCUGACCCGGAGGACACCUCUCUGAUGAGCUCCGCACUGCGCUUUACCUCCGCCCUGGGCUCCACCUCCAUGGACCUGUCUCUGCAGCUCAGCUUCCUGACCAUGGAGGAGCAGGCCGGGGAUCCGGGGGAGCCUGGUCCUGCAGCCAGUACCCCCUGCAGGCCCUUUUGUGUGCCAUGUGUCCCCCCAACUCCCCCCUGCAACCCCCAGACUUCCACUGAGCCCAAGGAGGGCAGCCUCAGUCUGGAGAUGGAGGAUAGGAGUGCCCUCAGCCCAGAGCAGACCAACACAGACAAACACUUGACUACUCCCCCUGGUGGAGCUAUGAGCACUGACACCUUCUACUGCCUCUCCUUUUCCACUAAAGUGAAGUUCAGAGACAGAUACAAAGAGGAGCAGAUGGAGGAUACAGCGGCCCAGAGGUCAAAGGUCACAUAUAGUAUGAUUGGGGGCCUCAGCAGCCAGUUGAACGUCAUCCGAGAGACCAUUGAACUGCCUCUCAAACACCCAGAGCUCUUCUCCAAUUACGGAAUCACACCUCCUAGGGGAGUUCUCCUUUAUGGCCCCCCAGGAACAGGAAAGACUAUGAUUGGACGAGCCAUAGCCAAUGAGGUCGGUGCACACAUGACUGUAAUCAACGGUCCAGAAAUCAUGAGCAAGUUUUAUGGAGAAACAGAGGCCAGACUGAGACAGAUAUUCACAGAAGCCUCUCAAAGGCAACCUGCAAUCAUUUUCAUCGAUGAGUUGGAUGCGCUGUGUCCCAAGCGAGAGGGCGCUCAAAACGAGGUGGAGAAGCGCGUUGUGGCCUCCCUCCUCACUCUCAUGGAUGGGAUUGGUUCAGAGGGCCACUCAGGCCAACUGCUGGUCCUAGGGGCCACCAACCGGCCCCACGCCCUGGACCCCGCCCUCCGCCGGCCCGGACGCUUCGACAAGGAACUGGAGGUGGGCGUACCAAGCGCGGCAGAGCGUGCGGACAUCCUACGGAAGCUGCUGACCUCUGUGCCUUGUAGGCUGACCCCAGACGAGGUAACCCAGCUAGCGGACGGCGCUCAUGGAUAUGUCGGGGCAGACCUGGCCGCCGUCUGCAAGGAGGCAGGGCUGCAUGCAUUAAGGCAUGCUCUCGGGAGUGGCUCCCAGCCAUCAGACCUCCAGUUGAUGGGGACAGUGACGGUCACCCUCCAGGACCUCCAGUGGGCCAUGUCAGAGGUCAAACCAAGUGCCAUGAGGGAGGUCGCCAUCGAUGUCCCCAAGGUUCGCUGGUCGGACGUGGGAGGCAUGGAGCAGGUGAAGCUGAAACUGAAGCAGGCGGUGGAGUGGCCCCUCAGGCACCCUGAGGCCUUCACCCGCAUGGGCAUCCAGCCCCCUAAAGGGGUGCUCCUCUACGGGCCCCCAGGCUGCUCCAAGACCAUGAUCGCCAAGGCUCUGGCCAAUGAGAGCGGACUCAACUUUCUCGCCAUCAAGGGUCCAGAGUUACUGAGUAAAUAUGUAGGGGAGUCUGAGAGAGCUGUCAGAGAGUUGUUUAGGAAGGCCAGAGCUGUCGCACCCUCCAUUGUGUUCUUCGAUGAGAUUGACGCUCUUGCUGGAGAAAGAGGAAGCUCCUCGGGGUCUGGUGGCGUAGGGGACCGGGUCCUGGCCCAGCUCCUGACCGAGAUGGACGGCAUCGAACAACUCAGGGACGUCACCGUGCUGGCCGCCACCAACCGUCCCGACAUGAUAGAUAAGGCCCUGAUGCGUCCGGGUCGACUGGACCGGAUAGUGUACGUCCCUCUACCGGACGGCCCCACGCGACGGGAGAUCUUCGCGCUGCAGCUCCGCAGCAUGCCCGUGGACCAGGACAUGUGUCUGGAUGACCUGGUGACCCGAACGGAAAAGUACUCCGGAGCAGAGAUAACGGCAGUAUGCAGAGAGGCUGCCCUGCUGGCCCUGCAAGAGGACAUCAAAGCACAGCUCAUCAUGGGGAGACACUUUGAAAGCGCCCUGAAAACCGUGAAGCCUCGAGUUCCAGACUCUCUCAUCCAGUCAUAUAUCAACUAUCAACAGCAACGCGGCCUGCGCUUCUUCUGACGUCGGCGUGGAAAAAUUCCAAACCUGCGAGAGGAGUCUUUGCUAGAAUAAGCAGUAGGCCUACAGGACCGACUGCAUGUGGUUACUGUAAAUGCAGUUAUCCACUGAAGUCGCAAGGGUUUCCAAAUGGACAUUACAUCAGUGAAUAGGCGGCAGCGUUUCCCAAACUCGGUCCCGGGGACCCCAAGGGUUGCACAUUUUAGUUUUUUUUGUUCCAUAGCACUACACAGCUGAUUCAAAUAAUCAACUCAUCAUCAAGCUUUGAUUAUUUGAUUCAGCUGUGUAGUGCUAGGGCAAAAACCAAUAUGUGCGCCCCUGGGGUCCCCGGGACCGAGUUUGGGAAACACUGGAUUAGGGGGAAACAAUAGGCGAGAAUAGCCCAUGUGAUUGAACCAUUAUGCUACUUUGUAAUGUGCUCAUUUAUUCUUGGUCACCAAAAAUAACCUAAAUUCUCUACAAAAUUGUUAUUUACAAACCUGUGCUCCCUGAAAUGCAAUAUUAGGCUACAAUGGAAUAAAUUAAUUGUUUCUCUAUAUGCUUGUUAAUGCUUUUUAUUAUCUUAUCCUCAUAAGACAAAUUGAAUAUAUUAGGCAUGGGUACACAUUCAAAAAGAUUACCGUGCAGAAAAAUAACCAACAUUUAUACAUUUUUCAAAGGCUCUUCCUUGUGCAAUUUUCAAAGAAAAAGUUAUGGGUCUAAAUCAAUGUGUCACAAAAAAUUUUACAAAAUAUUAAAAUACAUGCCCCUCCCUCCCCCUCUCCACAAAGUUACAAAUAUUUUCACAUGACCCUCCCCUUGUACUGUGAAGUAAAUUGAACACCCUCACACCUCAUAGAAUUAACUCAAUAAUGUUAACGACCGCAAAUAACAAAUGUAGCAAUCCUGUGUUUAUAAACGUGGAUAUGGACUGGGCCUCUUCAGCAUGCUUUUGUUUCACAGUUGAUGCCAUGCAGGGCUACGGGCCAGAAGGUUGAGGGUUCGCCGACCACCACAGAUGAGCUCACUCUCCCUGCUGCCUGUUUCAUUAUUUUACGAUCAGAGCCGGCUGCAGACAAUGAUCAACUAGGGGGAAAUUAGAUUUUCAACAUAUUUACAAUUAUAUAAAAUAAUACAUUUUUCACCAACAGGUUUCUGUGCCAAUGCAACACAACCAAUAAACAAAGUAUACCGACUACGAGCACUUCAAUGUCAUGGUGUGCGUUUUCAACACCACAAUAAAUAGACUAUGUCAAUCUCGACAAAAAGAACAUACAUCCGUCCCUACCUUGUAGGCUUACCCAGUAUUGAAGGCUUGGCUUGACAAUGUCUGAAUGUCAUUGAACAUUGUGAUGUUUUGUAACAGAUGUCUCUUUCCAUUCAUCAAUUGUCCACUGCACAGUUUGGAUUGGUUGAUUGUUAUUAUUCGUCAUUUAAAAAAAAUACAUAUGUAAACACAAAUACUUUUUUUUUAAGUGACCGUGAUUGCAUAAUAAAGUCAGACUUAUUUCCA